CCCAACUCCUGUCUCCAGAAGCCACAGGAAGCAUAGCACUCACUCUUGUCUCUGAAAAAGGAACCUCUGACUUCACUUGGGAUGCUGCUUAUCUUUGCUACAGCUUCACUGUUAGCAAGUCAAAGUCUGGACCAUGGUGGCACAAAGUCCAAGGCCAACUGAACGAAGACACUUUUCUUUCAUACAACAGCAGCAGCAAUUGCCAAGCCAUUGGUGUUUGGGGGAACCAAUUGAAUGCCACAAACAUCUGUGACAAACAGGUUGACACUCUGAAAGAUGGAGUUGACCUGCUCAAAGAACAAGUGGUUCACAUGAAGCAGGAGAAGAAGAUAUUCAGAGAGCCCCUCUCUCUGCAGGCCAGGCUGUGUUGUUGGCAUGAAGGAGAUGGACAUUUCAAUGGAUCCUGGGACUUUGACCUCAAUGGACACAAAAUGGUCCAUGUUGACUCAAGCACUGGAAAGUGGACUGAAGUUGACCCUGCAUCCAGAUGGAUGAAAGAGAUGUGGCAGAAAAACAAGGAGUUAACAGACUUCUUAUCCAGGACCUCACAGGGGGACUGCAGGGCCUGGCUUAAGGAGAUGAUCAAGUCACUCUUGGAAGAAAAGCUGGAGCAUACAGCCUCAACAACCACUACUCCACAUGUGGACCAGCUUUUGUCCCUGGCCAUCAAGCCCAACAUCUCUGUCCCACUGAUAAUCCUCCGCUACUCCCUUCUUCUGUGGUCUCUGAGGAGAAUCCUUGACAAUGAAGGUUGAAGAUGCUCCAGAGAAGUCAUGAGAGUUCAUCUGGUGCCACCACUCUCCCUUUCCAUCAGCCUCCACCAGAUGAAUCAGGAUGCUGCGGACACAGCAUUUCAUGGUCUUCACUCUGUGUAUUCACUUGGGCCCUUUCUUAUCCCCUUGUACUCUUGGGGCUCCCUGGUUGAAUUUGCCCUUAACAUGGAACUACUUGAACUAGAGAUCUGAAAAAGGACAUGGCUGUGUACACAUCCUUAGCAGAGGAAACAGGACAGCCAGAUCUCCUUAGUGGGAUUGUGAACUUUUUACUCUUGUGUAUCUAGGUCAAUGUGAGACAGACUAGAAAGGCCCCACCUCUGCUAAGGUAUUUGCUUGGAAGUCAAAUUCUGUUAAAAAAUAUUGAUUUUUAGUAGAUAUGUAUUAUAACUACACCUUACUAGGCAGCCAUCUCUAGAACAAAAGAAAAUAUGUCUCUUAUUUUUAAAUGUCUAUAUAUAUAUAAUAUAGUCAUAAGAGAAAUGUAAUAUUUUAUAAUAUUAUUACUAUUAUAGGUUAGUCAUACACUAGGUAGCCUAGCAAUGCCCACAUUCACAGUGAGAACAGAGAACCGGGAAGCUGCUCAGUCCGACAGGCUGGCUGUCCCUGCAGUGACAAUCUGGCAGUGAAAGGCAGAAGGUCCUGGGAGCUGGUGCUGCUGAGUCCACAUCCUCCUGGUGCAGGUCUGGGUCAGCGCUGCUCUCCACUGUGUCAGAGAAGCUUCUUCUGCACAUCCAGACCUGGGAUGGAAGGAGAGUGAACUCACACUGGUUUCCUCUGACUGCACAGGGACACUUUGCACAAGUGCACUAGCACUCACACACACGUCACACACACACACACACACACACAUACACAGUGACACAUACACACAGUGACAGCAUAAGGACUUGAAAAUAUGGAAAGAUCACUACUGAAAACAUGUUUUUGAGGUAGGGCAUAACUAUGUAGAACAACAUGGAAUGGAACUCACUACAUAGACCAGGCUGACCUGGAACUCAGAGAUCUUCCUGCCUCUACAUCCCCCACAUUGGGCUUAAAGGUGUGUGCACCACACCUGACUGAUUCUUGGAUUUUGAGCUCUUAUGUUGUGCUACUAAAGUAUCACUAAUGUAAGAUGCACUAUUUCUCCCUAAUUAAUUUAUAACUAUAGUGGCAUUAAGUAGACUGGCCAUACUCAGAUAUCUCAGGCAUCACUAAAGGAAACCUGUAACACCUAAUCCUAAGAAAGAGAAAUUGAGGACCAGUUGUUUAGUUGAAGUCACUGGUAAUGUCUGUCCUUUAUUUUCAUUACUGGAAGCCAUCUGAUUGCUGACUUGGCAUCUUUAAAAAAUGCCAUCCUUCUACUCAGAUGUCUAUGAACUUUCUUCUUGUGAUUGCUUUGCAUAUGUUCCUGUUUCUACAAAUAUGUAUAUGACUGGGUUGUGUGACUUUUACAUAAAAUUCUCAGAGAAUUCUCUUGUAAUUAUUUUACUUCUCAAGGUUUGUGGCAAUGGCUAUUUCAUUUGUAAUAAAUUAGCUGUAAUAUUCUCUUUG